CUGGACGCGGGAUGGGGCGGCGGGGACGCAGCGCGGUCGCCGCGUAGGAACAGGCGGCGGCGGGGCCGUACCGGGGCGCGGGGCCCCGCGGGCGACGGAGCCGGAGCAUGUCGUGGUUCAGCGGCAUCCUGGUGCCCAAGGUGGAUGAGCGGAAGACGGCAUGGGGGGAACGCAACGGGAAGAAGGGGUCCCGGCCCCGCACCGCCCUCUGCGGCCCCCGCUACAUGAGCUGCCUGCAGGACCCUGAGAUGGAGCGGGGAGCGGGACCCCCCCGGGGGCUGCGCUGCACCUGGCAGGAGGACCACUACGGCAAGAAGGGGCUGGCAGGCGACCUGGGCCUCAAAUCUGUGGACUUGGGCUUGGAGGACGGCGAACCCAAAGGACCCAAAGGGGCCGGGAACCACGGCGGGGGGGGGCGGCUGUCGGCGGGCGAGUGCUGGCGGCGCCUGCUCCAGGUUUUCCGUUCCAAACGUUUCCAAUCGGCCAAGCUGGAGCGGCUUUACCAGCGCUACUUCUUCCAGAUGAACCAGAGCAGCCUGACGGUGCUGAUGGGGGUUUUGGUGUUGGUUUGCGGGGUGAUGCUUCUCUUCCACUGCCUGCCCGGUGACCCCAACGUGCCGGCGGUGGCCGCUUUGGCCGGGGCCACGGCCCUGUUCUUGCUCCUGAUGGUGCUGUGCAGCUGCAGCGCUUUCCCCCAGGAUUACAUGUGGGUGGUGAGCUACGUGGUGCUGGGGCUGCUGGCGGGGGUCCAGGCUUUGGGGACGGUGGCCCUGACCCCCCGGAACGCGGCCGAUGGGGUCUGGUGGAGCGUCUUCUUCAUCUACAUCACCUACACCCUGCUGCCCGUCAGGAUGCGGGCGGCUGUGCUCGCCGGUGGCCUCCUCUCUACCCUGCACCUCGCCAUCUCCUGGCACCGCAACGCCAGCGACCCCUUCCUCUGGAAGCAGCUCUGUGCCAACGCUCUGAUCUUCCUCUGCACCAACGUGGUGGGGGUCUGCACCCACUACCCGGCCGAGGUGUCCCAGCGCCAGGCAUUCCAGGAGACCCGGGGCUACAUCCAGGCCCGGCUGCACCUCCAGAGGGAGAACCGGCAGCAGGAGCGUUUGCUGCUCUCAGUGCUGCCCCAGCACGUGGCCAUGGAGAUGAAGGAGGACAUCAACACCAAGAAGGAGGACAUGAUGUUCCACAAGAUUUACAUCCAGAAGCACGACAACGUCAGCAUCCUCUUUGCUGACAUCGAGGGCUUCACCAGCCUGGCCUCGCAGUGCACGGCUCAGGAGUUGGUGAUGACGCUCAACGAGCUCUUUGCUCGCUUUGACAAACUGGCAGCAGAGAACCACUGCCUGCGCAUCAAGAUCCUGGGUGACUGCUACUACUGCGUGUCGGGGCUGCCCGAGGCGCGGGGGGACCACGCACACUGCUGCGUGGAGAUGGGGGUGGACAUGAUCGAGGCCAUCUCGUUGGUGCGUGAGGUGACGGGGGUGAACGUCAACAUGCGGGUGGGGAUCCACAGCGGGCGGGUGCACUGCGGUGUCCUGGGGCUGCGCAAGUGGCAGUUCGACGUCUGGUCCAACGAUGUCACCUUGGCCAACCAGAUGGAGGCGGGUGGCAAAGCCGGGCGCAUCCACAUCACUUGGGCCACCCUGCAGUACCUCAACGGGGACUACGAGGUGGAACCGGGGCAUGGGGGGGAGCGCAACGCCUACCUGAAGGAACACAACAUCGAGACCUUCCUGAUCGUUGGCUGCAGCCAGAAACGCAAGGAGGAGAAAGCCAUCCUGGCCAAGCUGCAGCGGGCGCGGGCCAACUCGACGGAGGCGUUGGUGCCGCGUUGGGUGCCUGAACGCUCCUUCUCCCGCACCAAGGACUCCAAAGCCUUCCGGCAGAUGGGCAUCGAUGACUCCAGCAAGGACAACCGUGGUGCCCAGGAGGCCCUGAACCCCGAGGAUGAGGUGGACGAGUUCCUCAGCAGAGCCAUCGACGCCCGCAGCAUCGAUCAGCUCCGCAAGGACCACGUCAAGAAGUUCCUGCUCACCUUCCAGACCCCUGAGCUGGAGAAGAAGUACUCCAAGAAGGUCGAUGACCGCUUUGGGGGUUACGUGGCCUGCACCCUCCUCGUCUUCUGCUUCAUCUGCUGCCUCCAGAUUGUGGUGUUCCCCCACUCACCCCUGAUGCUCGGUGUCUACGUCACCAUCUUCAUCCUCCUCACUGCCAUCCUCUUCAUCUGCACCGUCUACUCCUGUGGCACCCUCUUCCCCACGGCUCUGCAGAGGCUCUCCAGGGCCAUCGUUCAGUCCCGCACCCGCAGCACCACCAUUGGGGUCUUCACCAUCCUCCUCGUCUUCAUCGCCGCCUUUGUCAACAUGUUCUCCUGCAGCCGGGUGGCCCUGCGGGACUGUGUCGCCCACGAGCUCAAUGUCACCCCCGAGGCAGUGGGACCCUGCCAGCUCCGGGCCCUCAACAUCUCCCUGGGGACCCCCGGGGGUCUCUGUCACCGUGACGGGAUGGUCUGUGACUUCCCUGAGUACUUCACCCACAGUGUGGUGCUCAGCCUCCUCGCCUGCUCCGUCUUCCUGCACAUCAGCACCAUUGGGAAGCUGCUCCUGAUGGUGGCCAUCGAGGCCACCUACCUCCUGCUGGUGGAGGGGCCCCGGGCCACCCUCUUUGACAACGCCGACCUCCUGGUGGUGGCCAACGCCCUGCCCCCCUUCAAUGGAACCCCAGGAGAAUGCUCAGCGGAGGGGAAGGUGGCCCUGCAGUUUGUCACCCCCACCAUCCUGGCUGUCUUCGCCCUGGCACUGUACCUGCACGCCCAGCAGGUCGAGUCCACUGCCCGCCUGGAUUUCCUCUGGAAGCUGCAGGCGACGGGUGAGAAGGAGGACAUGGAGGAGCUGCAGGCCUACAACCGCCGCUUGCUGCACAACAUCCUCCCCAAGGACGUGGCCGCCCAUUUUCUGGCGCGGGAGCGGCGCAACGACGAGCUCUACUACCAGUCCUGUGAGUGUGUGGCCGUCAUGUUCGCCUCCAUCAGCAACUUCUCCGAGUUCUACGUGGAGCUGGAGGCCAACAACGAGGGGGUGGAGUGCCUGAGGCUGCUCAACGAGAUCAUCGCCGACUUCGAUGAGAUCAUCAGUGAGCAGAAGUACCGCCAGCUGGAGAAGAUCAAGACCAUUGGCAGCACCUACAUGGCAGCCUCGGGCCUCAACGCCUCCACCUACGACCGGGAGGGCCGGAGCCACAUCGCGGCGCUGGCGGAUUACGCCAUGCACCUGAUGGAGCAGAUGAAGUACAUCAACGAGCACUCCUUCAACAACUUCCAGAUGAAGAUCGGUCUGAACAUGGGUCCCGUGGUGGCAGGGGUGAUUGGGGCCCGGAAACCCCAAUAUGACAUUUGGGGGAACACUGUCAACGUCUCCAGCCGCAUGGACAGCACCGGCGUCCCCGACCGCAUCCAGGUGACCACGGACCUCUACCAGGUGCUGGCAGCCAAGGGCUACGCUCUGGAGUGCAGGGGGGUGGUGAAGGUGAAGGGCAAAGGGGAGAUGACCACCUAUUUCCUCAAUGCUGGCCCCGGGGGGAGCAAAGGGGGGGUCCCCUAAGGUGUGUCCCCCCCCUCAUCCCUCCAGGGAAGUUGACCCCCAGGUCAGAGAAAA